AGCAAACCGUAUAGUUAUAGACAAAAAAGUACAACUUAAAGAAAGCUACUCCCUGGCACUCUUCCCAAGAUUCCUGUGACUUUUCCCUGGCUUUAGUUUCCUCCGCAGCUCAGCCGUCUCCCCACCGCGACUCUAUGCCGGCGGCCACCGUUUCAAACUUUCCGACCAGAAUUUUUUUCUGCUUUUGGAAUCCUGAUGUUGAGGGCUACUGAUUCACGGUGUCAGUGUUUGUGUGAGGUUUAUACUGUCGAAUCCAGUUCUUACCUCAUCUCUGAGGAUUAUGCUUGCUCAUCCGUCUCUUAACCACGAGCCUCUCCUCUGCUGAUGUCGACGCCUCGCGUUCCUUCCCGAAGCUUUUCCCAUUCUCUGUCAAUGGAAUCUCCUGAAGUUGUUUCAUCUGGUUUCCUCCCCUACCGACUAAACCACCAGAUCCAAAUCUCGACGUGAUGCUUCUGGUGAAUCCUCUUGUCCCUCCAGUCCCUCCCGACCCUCCACCGGUUCUUCUAGUUUGUGCAUUUCUCCACCAUAUCUCGUCGUCCUUCACCACUCCUCACCAUCAGAUAGAUCCGAAAGCUCCGAUGCCAUGGUUUCUCUGUGCUUCCACCAGUUUCUCGCUCAAGCUUCUCUGCUCCUAUGCAGGUAUGCUAUCUGUUCAGCCUCUGUUGAUGAAUCCUUUACUAGCUGAAGUCGCUCUCUCCAGCUCUCUCACCACUAGCCAGGUCUCCUCUUUCCUCCAACUAAUUCCGGUGUCAAAACCGAGAAACUUGGUUUCUUGUGUGGAACAUGAUUCAUUAAAGUCACCCUUACGGGAUUUGCCUUAUCAUCAACAAGAGGUUGUUGAGAUAUUAGUUGCAAGGUUUUUGGGGUUACUGACAACUGAUUGCAAGCUUACCUCCUUUCCUGGCUCAUCAUUUCAAGUCCUCGAGGACUGGACUUCGAAAGUUGAAAUAUUGGCGGUGGUGUGUAUUUUGUAUGCAGUUGUUAUUACUUCAGCGCAACAUCCUGGAGUGCAGUUCUCUACUGCUAUGUGCAGUUCUAAGUCAACGCCUAUCCUUCAUUUGAAACCUUGGUUACAUGUUGUUAGACCCAUCUCCCCUUGCUUCCUGCUGUCACAAGAGAUUAUGCUGCUUUUGAAUGACUCUUUACCUCGUAGUGAGGAUGUUACAAACCCUUUGAACUUCAGGUUUAAGUUCCUUUUACCUCAAUAUGAGGAUGCUAUUCUUUAUAGAACCAGGUUACUACCUCAUUAUGAGGCUGUUAUCUGGACUUCUGUCUUUGUGGCUAUGGAUUCUGUUAUUUCAGGCUUGUCUAUUUGGCUAUGGUGGUCCAUCUCACAACAAUCAAUCUUUUGGAAGAGGUGUUUGGGCACCUCUGAGUUGGUUGAGAACUUCCUGAAUUGUUUGGCUAAUAGAAACAUGGAUUGUGAAUUCUGCAUUACGAGCCAAGGAUGGAAUGCCGCAGGAAGCUCCUCACUCAACAUUAUCAUCUGAACCCUCAAGUCUUCAGAUUCUUUCGGACUUCAUCGUCCCCUUCUUUGCCCUGCGCACAGGGUUGGAUUUGAUUGAGAUUACAGGUUACUUCGUCAGGAACCUUGUCCCUCUCGUCUUUCCGCUAUCAUGUUCUUUUAAUCUUUGCACAAUCUUUGUUUUAGUUGUUGUUGUUUAUGCAAUGGGUGCUGUCCCUAAACUUUGGAGUUCUCGAAGUAUUCUGUUUUGGGUUUAAGAAAUGAAACCGUUGACAGAAAA